AUGGCCGCCCAGAGCUAUUGCAGCUCGGCUGCCGGCGGGCGCAGCAAAAGACUAACCGCUUCCCGGCUUUCCUCCAUCAUCAGCACUCUCGGAGACGACGAAGAUCUCCUCGUCGAAAUUCUGAUUCGACUCCCGGACCCCAAAUCCGCCAUUCGAUGCAAAUCCGUCUGCAGACGCUGGAACGCUCUAGUCUCCGCUCCCUAUUUCUCUCGCCGCUUCGUUUCUCACCACCAGACCCUGCCCCCUGCCGCCGCCGCAGCCCACAACGAAUCCGAACAGCCCGUCCUGACCAUCUCACAAGUCCGUCGAUUGAUCUCGAGCUUUCUCCCUUUCCCAUGCGGAACCGAAUCGAAGUUCUCGGUCCUCGUCCUCGAUUCGGUCAAGGACUUGCUCUUACUUGGUUUCUGGGAUCGGGAGACGUCCGACCAGGAACUGCGCAGGACGCACCUGGUCUGCAAUCCGUUUACGAAGCAAUGGGUCGCCCUUCCUCUGGCGCCUAAAAUGGCAGCAAGGUUGAGUCAUUAUAGAUGGGUCGUGAAACUAGUCUGCGAGCCGUUCGAUGAAUUCCGGGUGGUGCGAAUGUAUAAUCCGAUGAGGACGUUCCGAAGAGGUCCAGCGAAAGUGGAUGUUUACAUCUUCUGUUCGAGAUCCGGACGGUGGGCGAAAUCCGUUCUUACUCUCGAUGCCGAUUUAAUGUGUCGGGGUUACGGAGCUUAUAGACGUGUAGUUUCGACCAAUGGGAAGUUUUACUGGCUAGUGCAAGGAGUUGUGGUAAAGUGGGAUCCUUUCCGUCGGGACUAUGGUACUACGUUUCCAAUGUUGUUGGAAGGCUGCCAGCUCGAUUCGCAGAUGCGUUGCUACGGUCCCUGGAUCUCAGAAGGUGCUGUGCACAUGGUUUGCGAAGAAUCGAUGGCUUCGAUGCUGAGUGUUUGGAGACUGGUGGAGGACGGGAAGGGAGGAGGAUGUUGGAGGAAACAGGAAACGGUGGCGUUCUGA